AUGCUAAAUACUUUACAAACUGCCGAUGACACGAAUCAAAAUUUGUAUAAUAUGCUAGAAGUACCUUCUAUGGAAAGGAGUUUCAUGUCAGGAUCAUCAACUGAUGAAUUAUAUCUUCAAAAAUUAGAAGGUCUUGAGGAAGCAUAUCAACCAGGAGAUUGUUUAUAUGAUGAAUUAUUAACUGUAAAUAGCUUACGUAGUGAAAGUUCAGGAGCACAUAUUUUACCUGAUUUUUUAAUACAGAAUGAAAAUGACGAAUACAAGAUCUUGAUACGGAUUCAUUUACUUCCGAUUCUGAUAUGGCUACAAUUCCAGAAUUAG